AUGACAUUGUUAACGUUGUUACGCCGUUCAGUAAGGGAUAAAGGACGUGCCCUUCGCUCAGUUAUAAGUCAAUAUCAGCCGUCAGCAUCUGUACAUAAUGAUGGGCCUUUGAGAGGCAUUAAAGUACUCGACCUGACAAGAGUUUUAGCUGGGCCGUAUACAACAAUGGUGCUUGGUGAUCUUGGAGCUGAAGUAAUUAAAAUUGAGAAACCAGGAGAUGGUGACGAUACAAGAUCUUGGGGUCCUCCAUUCGUAAAUAGUGAAAGUACCUACUUCCUGUCUAUCAAUAGAAAUAAAAAGAGUGUUGUUGUUGAUCUAAAACGUUCAGAAGGAUCCAAUCUUGUCAGAAAGUUAGCUGCAUCAUGCGAUAUUUUAAUUGAAAAUUAUCUACCUGGAAAGUUGGACAAGUAUAGAUUAGAUUAUGAAAGUAUUCGAGAGUCUUCACCCGGAAUCAUUUAUUGCUCAAUAUCUGGCUAUGGAUCAGAUGGACCUUAUCGAAAUCGUCCUGGCUAUGAUGUGAUUGCUGCCGGUAUUGGAGGACUAUUGCAUAUAACAGGACCUGAGGGUGGAGAUCCCUGUAAAGCUGGCAUUCCAGUUACGGAUAUGGCUACGGGAUUAUAUGCUUCCACUUCAAUUAUAGCUGCUUUAGUAGAGAAGCAUAAGAGUGGAGUAGGUCAAAAGAUUGAAUGUAACCUGCUGAAUACCCAGGUAGCAAUGUUAAGCUAUGUUGCUGCUGCUUAUCUAAAUGGUGGACUGGAAUGGCAUCGUUGGGGAACAGCUCAUGGUAGUAUUGUACCUUAUCAGGCAUUCAAAACGGCCGACAGCUACAUUGUUGUAGGAGCUGGAAAUAACACUCAGUUUCAACAAUUAUGCAAGAUAAUACAACUAGAUAAUUUAGCUGAUGAUCCACGAUUUAAAACAAAUGAUCUGAGAGUCAAGUAUCGGAAUGAUCUAAUAAACACUCUGAGUGAACGAUUUCAACAAGCAACAACAAGCAAAUGGCUGGAGCGCUUAGAGAAUUGUGGAUUUCCCUAUGGCCCAAUUAAUACAAUAGGACAAGUCUUAAACGAUCCACAAGUAGUACACAAUGGUCUAAUUCAGACUGUCGAAAAUGCAAAUUCCGAUAAAGUUGAUAUUAUCGGUCCUGCAGUUACGUUUAGUGAAAGCCAAAAUCGAAUUCGAUCUCCUCCGCCGCUAUUAGGACAACAUACAAGAGAAGUUUUGAAAGCAGAGCUAGGACUCGAUAAAGACAACAUAGACAGACUGCAUAAAGAGAACAUUAUUUAUUGUGCAUAA